UCCGAAACUUUACAGUAUUACGUAAUCAUUACUGAAAGGCGAAAACGUCGUAAACAUUCAGGAAUCGUAACCAUUUCCGAGAAUGCGUUACGUUUAUCUGUCAAAGAGGCCGUGGUUGAAGUGGACAAAGAUUUGGAGUCGUAAUUUACAAUAUUUACCAACGAUGUCUGCCAAUUCGCCACCCGGGACAAGCGAUGGAGAAGACUCGCUAGAUGCGUCUACCGUCCCGCCAAAUCAUAUAGAAACUAUGGGCGCCCGCCUUCGGGAUUUGGAUGUAGAUUCUAUCCGUAGAUACUUGGCUCAAAAACUCGGCUUCUAUGAGCCCACGGAGCCCGCAGCGCCGGUAGAAAAGGUUUUGGAUGAAGUCAACCUAGACGGCAUCGUAAAAUGGAUCAAAGGAUCGCGAUGCAAAAACAUUAUAACAUUGGCGGGAGCGGGCAUUUCUACGUCGGCUGGAAUCCCAGACUUCCGGAGUCCAGAAACAGGUCUCUACCACAACUUGCAGAAGUACAACCUCCCCGAGCCGCAGGCCAUUUUUGAAAUCAACUUCUUCCGUCAGAACCCCAAACCUUUCUUUCUAUUAGCCAAAGAGCUGUUCCCGGGAAGCUUCAAGCCUACUGUGUCACACUAUUUCAUCAGGCUUUUACAUGAGAAAGGGCUUCUUCUCCGCCACUACACUCAAAACAUCGACACCCUAGAGCGCGGCGCUGGUCUCCCUGAGGAGAAGUUAGUGGAAGCCCACGGCACGUUCUACACGUCUCAUUGCAUCGACUGCAGGAAGGAGUAUCCGCUUGAGUUCAUUAAAGAGCGUAUAUUCUCGGACCAAAUCCCCAUCUGCACUGCAUGCCCCGGCGUAGUUAAACCUGACAUCGUGUUCUUCGGGGAGAGCCUGCCGGACCGCUUCCAAGACUGCCUGCAGGAAGACUUCCAGCACUGCGACAUGCUCAUCAUCAUGGGCUCAUCGCUGGAGGUGCAGCCGUUUGCUUCCCUCAUCGACAUGGUGCCCGAGUGGUGCCCGCGCCUGCUGAUCAACCGCGAGCGGGCGGGGCUGCGCUCGCCGCUGCUGCGCCUGUGGGGGCUGGCGGCGGGCGGCCUGCAGCUGGACGCCGGCGCCACCCGGGACGUGGCGCGCCUCGGGGACUGCGACGCCGGCUGCCGCGAGCUGGCCGCCAGGCUCGGCUGGGGGGAGGAACUCCAAGCCCUCGUAGCCUCGGAGCAUGCCCGGCUGGAGCUGUCAGGCUCGCUGUCCGCGCCGCACGCGCCGCACGCCCCGCACGCCUCGCACGCGCCGCACGCCUCGCACGCGCCGCACGCCUCGCACGCGCCGCACGCCCCGCACGCCUCGCACGCGCCGCACGCCUCACACACCCCGCACGCACCGGAGCCAGGCGUCAGUUCACCACUAGACCCUAAACUGUGAGCAUAAAGCUAAGAUCUGAUGUACGAAUACUUCGCCGCACCCACACUGUUCGUUUGCUCCUGAAUGUGGAUGUGCGCAUGUACAUUUUCAUAUAGGUGAAAUUUUCUUUCGUUUAAGCCGAAUGAAAUUAAAUUCAUGUGUAGUCACAGAAGGCAAUGUUUCUUAUAAGCGACGCGGUUAGCUAUCGAAUCCAUCAAGAGUGAGAAGCAACAAGCCCGUUUAAAAACCAAUUUUACCGUUCUGUUAUUAAGAUUCAAAUUCAUAUAACAGGUAAUUCGUAGAUAACUCAA